CAGAAAAAUCAGUAUUCUGUGUUGGCGAAGUGACACGUCGGUGUUAAUGUUUGUGUAGUCUCAUAAUUUUAAUUUUAUAUAAUGGGGCAGAAGUUUCAAUAUGAUGAAAGUGGAGGAACUUUUUUCUAUUUUCUACUUUCAUUUUUAGCAUUAAUUUUAAUACCAGCAACAAUCUACUAUUGGCCAAGGAAAAAGAAAAGAGAUCCAGAGGAAGAAAAUAGACGAUGCCAUUGUCCACCAUGCAUACAAAAAGUAGAAUAUCUCAAAAAUGCAGAGCCCUGGAAAGGUCCGAAGGAUUUUUUGAUAAAACUCUUAAUUUUGGCCGGUUGGGUUGUCCUCAUAUUCUUAGCAUAUAAAGUUUCACAAUUUGAUUAUGAAAUGGCCAACUUUGACCCCUAUGAGAUACUCAGGGUUCCCUUGGGAGCUUCUGAAAGUGAAAUUAAAAAAUCUUACAGGAAGCUCUCUCUGAUUUUGCAUCCAGACAAAGAUACUGGAAAUGCCAAAGAAUUUAUGAAACUAACCAAAGCUUAUCAGGCUUUAACGAAUGAAGAAGCAAGAAAAAAUUGGGAGAAAUAUGGAAAUCCGGAUGGUCCAGGAGCAAUGAGUUUUGGUAUUGCCCUUCCUUCUUGGAUAGUUGAAAAAGAAAAUAGUGUAUGGGUUCUUGGAUUGUAUGCAUUAGUUUUCAUGAUUGCGUUGCCAAUAGUAGUUGGAACUUGGUGGUAUAGAAGUAUAAAAUUCACUGGAGAUCAGGUGCUGUUGGAUACUUCUCAAAUGUACUAUUAUUUCUUCCAUAAGACUCCGAACAUGAUUCUGAAGAGAGUGAUCAUGAUACUGGCAGCUAGUUUUGAAUUUGAUAAACGCCAUAAUUCCGAGGUUGUGGAAAGACCAACAGACAACGAAGAAAUCCCACAGCUGUUCAAAAGAUUACCCCAUCUUCAAGAAAAAAAUAAGGAACAGCCGAUGUGCAGGAUGUAUAGUGUGAAAGCUAGAACUAUUAUUCAUGCACAUUUAACGAGGAUACCUUUGAACCCAUUAACUCUAGAGCAAGAUAGGAGAUAUAUCAUAGCAAAAUGUCCUUACCUACUUCUGGAGCAAGUUAACUGUGUUAAUCAACUAAUACUAUUAGGUUAUGCUAAAAGAAUUCAACAUAUUCCUAGUAUUGAAUCGAUAGAGAACUGUAUGAAACUGUCCCCGAUGAUUGUCCAAGCGAUGUGGGAGCAUAAAUCGCCCCUACUGCAACUCCCCUACAUCAAUGAGGAUAACCUAAAAUAUUUCAUGUCGAAAAAACGCCAUAUUAAAACAUUGCAACAAUAUGCCCAGCUAAAGAGCGAAGAUAGGCGCAGUCUCUUGAGGAAUUUAUCCGACGCUCAGUACGAAGACGUCAUGAAGGUGCUGGGCAACAUGCCCUACGUCGAUUUUCAAGUUAAAUGUGAAGUUAUCGACGAUGAGAACCCCACGAAAGUUACAGCUGGCGCUAUUGUCACUGUUACGGUGACUCUGACGCGUCAGAACAUGAGUACCCUCUUUGGCGAUGAGAACGCCAAAGAUAACAGUCUCAUUACUGAGAACGGAAUCGAGGUUGAAAAUAAAGAGACUCCUGGGGGUGACGGGGACUCUGAGCCGUUUGUGAAGAGACCUGCUUGGAUGAAGCAAAAAAGAGGUGGCGGUAAGAAGAGUAAGAAAUCAGGGAAACAAAAUAAAUCAACUGCGAAAUCGAAUCACAAUGUGGAGGAAACUCUCACGCCCUCUCAGGAGAAAUCAAAGACCAAAGAUGAGAGGGAGAAACCUUUGAAAGACGAUUUAUCGAAUGAUUCAGACGAUAGUGAUAGGGAAAACGCAAAAACCGAGAAAUCUUCCGAUGAAGAUAACGAUAACAAUCAAAGAAGUGAAAAUAGUGAUGACGAUGAUCAGGAAUGGGAAAAAUUCAAGAAGAUCAGGGAACGUGAGAGAUCCUUGGAAGGAAAAUCGAAAACAUCGCAUCCGGUUCAUUGUCCUUAUUUUCCUGCUGAGAAACAGGAAUACUGGUGGACUUACAUAUGCGACAGGAAAUCGAGAACUCUCCUUACUGCUCCUUACUACGUUACCAGUCUAGUGAAUCAAGAAAUUGUUCAUCUUAAGUUUACUGCACCGAUUUGGCCGAACAAGUAUACACUCCAAGUGUGUCUGAGGUCGGACUCUUACGUUGGAUUCGACCAGCAGAAAGACAUCAAAUUGGAUGUAGAAGAGGCUCACAAGGAAAUAGUGGACCAUCCCCAAUGGGAGUUUGAAGAUUCAGCGGAUGAAGCAGUUGCAGAUAACGAUGCUCACGAAUCGGAAUAUACAACAGACGAUGAUAUUCCUGGAGACGACUGAACCACUUACUCUCUAGCCGAAUAUAGUUGAAAAUUAAAGCAAGAAUCUGUCUCGACAGUCGGGUGGUCCAACAAACGGAAUACUUAGGCAGAUUUUUCUAUAUUCAUCAUAUUUUUAUACUGUGAAUUUUUAUUAAUUUAUUAGAUUGAGCAUUUACCUGCUUAUCGAUAAGAUGAAGUAAAAAAUGUUAUUGGAUAUAAAUAUCACUACGUUUUCUGUUUGAAUCAAUUUUUUUCUAUUUUUUGGUUGUUGAAAGUCUUCAUUAUAGGCUGAUCUGGGUUUAAGGAAUGAUAUGGACAGUUGUGUGGGUAUUCAAAUGAAAAUUAGUCAGUUUGUCGAUCUAUCAGUGCAAUAUUUCCGCGUGGAAUUCCCAAAAAUCAUUGAUAUAUAUGAAAAAUAUUUAUUUAUUCUUCCAGUGAGCUCAAAUUUAAUUAUUUAUUUUUUUUGUCAUUGUUAAUUUACGUGUAACCAUUUUGGUUGACGAACCCCUUUCUAGAUCGAUAAUUUAUUUAAUUAAUGCAAAUGAUUUGAAAUUCAUUCCAAUCUGUUUUGGAUGCGAGGUUUCAGUAUUCAAAAUGUUGAACGCUAAGUUACAAUUUAUUUUGGUAUGACGCCAUCCUGUUUCCGAAGUGUACUGUCAUGAAAAAAUAUUGAAACUGUUUGUUCAAGAGAGGAUUCUAAUGAAAUUCACUUGUUAGAGAUAGUAAACAUUUUUAUUGCCCCAAAUUUGUAAUUUGAAAUGAGAUAAUAAAUUGAUAUUUAACACA